AUGGGAGGGCACGGUGGGCUCAAUAUACUGCCCCAGAAGCGCUGGAACGUGUACAACUUCGAGAACCGGGAGAAGGUGCGCAAGGACGAGGAGGAGGCGGCCCGCGAGGAGCAGAUCAAGCGCGAUGAUUCUCGCCGCCGCGACGCCGAGUUCCGCCUCGAGCAGCUUCGCCAGGCCCGGGGCCUCACCGGCGAUGGCCCCCACUCUCGCCCAGCCCCGGCGUCGGAUUCCGGUCAUAUCAACCUCUUCGAAGGGCUCCAGGAUUUUCAGUCUAUUGUCGGAUCGGAGGCGUCCUCCAACGGCAGGGACGAGAAGAGAGAUGGGCGGGCGAACGCUGCGAGGGACGAGGGUUCCAGGAAGGAUUCGAAACGAAAGAGGGAGGAUCGUCCGGUCGUCAUUUCGCCGGAGGACGAAAAGUACAGGAUGGGAUAUGGCGUGGCUGGAAAAGGCGUGAAGGCUCCAUGGUAUCUUUCGCGACCGAUGGUGCUAGAGUCUUUCCAGGAGAAGGAUGAUGGGCGUGGUCCUAAUCGUGGGAGAGCGGGCGAUUCAGGAAAGGAGGCAGGCAGAAAGAAGACAAUCGAAGAACUUAGAGAGGAGAGAUUGAAGAGAGAGAUGCGAGAGAAGCAACGGGAGCGGGUGAUUCUUAAAUCAGCGAGGAGAUAGAGGAGAUAGCUUAGCGUCUGAUUUGGGUGGACAUGGAUUGUUAGUUGUGGUUUGUGAUUAUAUCUCUGAUUGUGUUUUGGCGCAGGCCUGGUCAAUGAUGAAAGAGCCCACGACCAGGCAUGUUAAAGGAAUACAAUAUUUCAACAUGUUGAGAAGCUUUUUCGACCUUAUUGAAGUUUUAUUCAUAAUAUCAUAUGUAUACUUUGAAAUGGGCUAUUUUUCUCUCUUUCGUACAGUUAUCUUUGGUAAUCGAGGAUUUGUCACCCCUCGUGAUUUGGUAUGUUUAUGGAUGGUAAUGGAGAAGGAGUUCCAUUGGAUCUUGAGACCAUACUCUGAUUCUGAUACGACAUUAAGAAAUGCAUGCCAAUUGUCCCAUCAAUGACUGAAUACUUUUUUUUCUGUAAAUGCUUCAUGGUGAUUCUAACCUUAGGACCAUUUUCUUCCCUACUAGUCUCCAGUAUCGACAACUAUUCCAGUUUUUACUGUUCGUAUCUUGCAGUGUAUUUAUGGAACUGCGGCAUUUCCCCUGGUUCAAAGACGAAACAUGGUGAUUUUAGAUUAAAUUAGCUGCAAAUUUUUUUGGAUGGUUGAUCCGUAUUCAGUUUUAUGGAAAAACGUUUGGGAGUUUUAAAAUCCUAGGUAACUUCUUUGUGAUCUUAUUCUGCUUCGUUGAUAUUGUUAUUAAGUUUCAAAUUGCUUUUUGGUGCUAAUUUAUUUUUCAAAAAAAUCAUUAAAUUUGUAGUCAAUAGAAAUUGACUGAAUCUUGCAUACUGGUAUGCUUUGUCUUGGACUUCUUUGAAGAUUGAAUAAAGUCUAUCAUGUGUAGUGUGAGAUUUCUUUUUAGUUAAAAAUUGAAUAAUUGACAGCUUAAUGAGGAGUAGUCGACUGCCUUUAAGGACUGCCUGCAAAAAAAUUGGCAUUGGAAGGUUGGGAUUUAAUUGGCCGUUCCUAAACCCAGUAAAAUUGUUCAGAUACGAUAGUUAUUCUGAUGUGCUAUCAUGGUUCGGUCUUCCGUCUUGAGCCUGCCCAUACUCACCAGACACCUUGAAACCCAUGGAUGAGACUUAAUUUUCAGGUUUUAUAAUGGUUGUGGGUAGGCCUCGUUAAUAUUUUCUUGAAACUAGGGAAAAAAAUUGCUGCCUUAGUCCUUGGGAAUGGGUGAUAUCUGGCUCCUCUUUCAAUGCUUUGUUCUCUUCAAGUGGCCAAACAUUUGAUUUACCAGGGGAAUCUUUCACGUAGUCUGUGCAUGAUGAUUCAUUCUUUACUGAUUCAUGAUCCACUGUGUUCUCCAUUUUGCUUAAUCCUUCAUAGGUUGAAAAUCUUCAGUUUUUUUUUUGUUUUAUAAUCAAGUGAAUCAGCACUUUGCUGACUAACGGCUGUCUGGCAACAAUAAACAAUGAAUAAUCAAAAAUAAAAAUUGUAUGGCCGUGAUGAUCAGAGGUUACUAAAGCUGGCAGAUUAGUGAAGAGGCCCAUUACAUUAAGCAUUUGUAUCGAGUCCUUGACAAUGAUAGACCCAUGAAGUAUUUGCAUUGUUGUCUUCGGUGCUGCAGAUAAGACACCAGCAAUAAUAUGGAUUUCAUAGAAAAUAUACGUUAACAAUUCCUUGUUUCCCUACAUGGAUGACGACCGAUAUGAUCAUUUGUUGAGUACCAGCAGCAGACUGAGCAAUAGUAUGAUCAAGGCUAAGAACCUGCCAGAUCGCUCUUUUCUGACUUGUUUGUCUAAGAGACUCCUGCACGACAUACGAGCGCCCACACAAGAAGGAACACCCAGUGAAGGAGCUUCUGUGA